CUGGACAUGGACUCUGAGGAUGACCCCUUGUUGCAAGAUGCUUGGCUCGAGGAGGAGGAGGAGGAGGUUGCCUUUGGCCCCCAGAAGAGGAGUGAGGGUCCCCAGCUGUGUGGCAAAUGCCAAUGGAAUCCCAGGCCACUGCCGACAACGCUGCCGACGUCGGGCUUUUGGAGCGUGCUUGGCUGGGUCUUCACCAACCCAUGCUGCGCCAGUGUUAUCCUCUUCCUGGGCUGUGCCAUCCCCGCUGCCCUGGCUGUCGUCAUGUUCCUCCACUACCCUACCCUGGAUAUCGACAUCUCCUACAACGCCUUCGAGAUCAGGAACCACGAGUCCUCGCAGCGCUUCGAUGCGCUCACCCUGGCCCUCAAGUCCCAGUUCGGCUCGUGGGGCCGGAACCGCCGGGACCUGGCUGAUUUCACCUCGGAGACCCUGCAGAGGCUGAUCUUCGAGCAGCUGCAGCAGCUCCACCCCAACGCCUCUCGGCUGGGCGGUGGGGCCAGGCCAAAGCGCAGCGCAGCGCUUCCCGUGGGCGGAGGGAGGAUCAGCCCUGCUGGGCCCAAGGCCCGGCGGAGCCCGGGGAACCAAACCUCCCGCCUCGCCCGGGGUGCUCCGCACUGGGACUACUCCACUGCCUACGUCAGUGCCAACACCCAGACGCACGCCCACUGGCGCAUCGAACUCAUUUUCCUGGCCCGAGGGGAUGCCGAGAACAACAUCUUCACCUCUGAGCGCUUGCUCACCAUCCACGAGAUAGAGCGGAAGAUCAUGGACCACCCCCGCUUUCGGGAGUUCUGCUGGAAGCCCCACGAGGUCCUGAAGGAUCUUCCUCUGGGCUCCUACUCGUACUGCUCCCCUCCCAGCUCCCUCAUGACAUACUUCUUCCCCACCGAACGGGGAGGCAAGAUCUACUACGACGGCAUGGGGCAAGACCUGGCUGACAUCCGAGGGUCUCUGGAGUUGGCCAUGACCCACCCAGAGUUCUACUGGUACGUGGAUGAGGGGCUUUCGGCCGAGAACAUGAAGAGCUCCCUCCUCCGCAGCGAGAUCCUUUUUGGGGCCCCCCUGCCCAAUUAUUACUCGGUGGAGGAUAGGUGGGACGAGCAGCGCAGCAAGUUCCAGAGCUUCGUGGUCACCUACGUAGCCAUGCUAGCCAAGCAGUCCACCAGCAAAGUGCAGGUGCUGUAUGGUGGGACGGAUUUGUUUGACUAUGAAGUGAGGAAGACCUUCAGUAACGACAUGCUGCUGGCCUUCAUCAGCAGUAGCUGCAUCGCAGUCUUGGUCUAUAUCCUCACCUCUUGCUCGGUGUUCCUGUCUUUCUUUGGCCUGGCCAGCAUCGGGCUGAGUUGCCUGGUGGCGCUGUUCCUGUACCAUGUGGUGUUCGGGGUCCAGUACCUGGGCAUCCUCAAUGGCGUGGCCGCCUUUGUCAUUGUGGGGAUCGGUGUCGAUGACGUCUUUGUCUUCAUAAACACCUACCGCCAAGCCACCCACCUGAAGGACCUGCAGCUGCGCAUGAUCCACACCAUCCAGACGGCAGGGAAGGCCACCUUCUUCACCUCCUUGACCACGGCUGCGGCGUACGCCGCCAACAUCUUCUCGCAGAUCCCUGCCGUGCAUGACUUUGGUCUCUUCAUGUCGCUCAUUGUGUCCUGCUGCUGGGUGGCCGUGCUGUUCACCAUGCCGGCUGCACUUGGAAUAUGGAGCCUCUACAUGUCCCCCCUGGAGAGCUCCUGUCAGGCCAGCUGCAGUCAGAAGUGCGGGAAGACGAGCACUUUGCCCAUUGCCGACGACCUGUUACUCGCCUCAGAGGAUGCAGUCGGUCCAGGCCAGGGGUCACUCCCAUACCUCGAUGAUGACAUCCCACUGCUCAGCGUGGAGGAGGAGCCGGUGGCUCUGGAAAUGGGGGAUGUGCCCUUGGUGUCUGCGCUGCCAGAGAACUUGCAGCUCCCGGCCGAGAAGGUCAGGAAAGGUCACUUGAUCGCCCAUCUGCAGGAGCUCCUCCAGCACUGGGCGCUGUGGUCUGCGGGGAAGAGCAGAUGGGUGAUUGUGGGGCUCUUUGUCAUGGUCCUGAUCCUGUCCAUAUUCUUCGCUAGCCGCCUCCGCCCAGCUAGCCGCGCUCCUCUCCUGUUUCGGCCUGACACCAACAUCCAGGUGCUCCUGGACCUCAAGUACAACCUGAGCGCCGAGGGCAUCUCCUGCGUCACCUGUUCAGGUUUGUUUCAGGAAAAGCCCCACAAUCUGCAAAGCAACAUUCGAACCUCCUUGGAGAAGAGGAAACGGGGCUCGGGGCCCCCUUGGGGGAGCAGAGGGGGUGUGGCUGAUGCUGUGCAACAGGAUCCCCAGGGGACUGUGUAUGUCUCCAAGUCCAAAGGCCAGGGCAGGCCAGCCGUCUACAGGUUCUCCCUCAAUGCCAGUGUUCCUGCCUCGUGGCAGAUGGUAUCCCUGGGAGAUGGGGAAGUGCCCUCAUUCCAGGUGUAUAGAGUUCCUUUCGGGAACUUCACCAAGAAGCUGACAGCUUGUGUGUCCACAGUAGGGCUGCUUCAGCAGACGAGCCCCCGGAAAUGGAUGAUGACCACUUUGUCCUGCGACACCAAGAGAGGCUGGAAGUUCGACUUCAGUUUCUACGUCGCGGCCAAGGAACAGCAGCGAACGCGGAAGCUGUAUUUCGCCCAGUCGCACAAGCCCCCUUACCACGGCCGAGUGUGCAUAGCGCCCCCGGGCUGUCUUCUCAGCUCUAGCCCGGACGGACCCAACAAAGGCUUCCUCUAUGUGCCCAGCGAGAAGGGGUCCCCCAAGAUGAAGCUCUCGGCCACCUCAGGCUUUAACCCGUGUGGAAACACCGGCUGUGGGAAGCCAGCAGUGCGGCCGCUGGUGGACACGGGGGCCAUGGUGUUUGUCGUGUUUGGCAUCCACGGAGUGAAUCACACCCGACGCCCAGAUAACCACGUCAUCGGAGACAUGGGCAGCGUUAUCUACGAUGACAGCUUUGACCUCUUCAAAGAGAUUGGCAAUCUGUGCCUCAUCUGCAAGGCCAUUGCCGGCAAUGCUGAACUGGUGAAGCCAGGAGGGGCCCAGUGCCUGCCCUCAGGCUACAGCAUCUCCUCCUUUCUGCAGAUGCUGCACCCUGAGUGUAAGAACCUCCCUGAGCCAAACCUGCUCCCCGGGCAGCUCUCCCACGGGGCAGUGGGGGUGAAGGAUGGCAAAGUGCAGUGGAUCUCCAUGGCUUUUGAAUCGACGACCUACCAGGGCAAGUCUUCCUUCCAGACCUACUCCGACUAUCUGAAAUGGGAGACUUUCUUGCAGCAGCAGCUCCAGCUCUUCCCUGACAGCUCCACUCUCCGGCACGGAUUCCAGACCUGCGAGCACUGGAAGCAAAUCUUCAUGGAGAUCAUAGGUGUGCAGAGUGCCCUGUACGGUCUCAUCCUCUCGCUGGUUAUCUGCGUGGCUGCAGUUGCUGUGUUCACCACCCACCUUCUCCUCCUGCUGCCAGUGCUGCUCAGCAUUCUAGGGGUUGUCUGCCUGGUGGUGACCAUCAUGUAUUGGUCUGGCUGGGAAAUGGGCGCCGUGGAGGCGAUUUCUCUCUCCAUCCUCGUCGGCUCCUCCGUCGAUUACUGCGUGCACCUGGUGGAGGGCUACCUGCUGGCGGGGGAGAACUUGCCCCUUCACCAGGCAGAGGACCCCACCUCCUGCCGCCAGUGGAGGACGAUCGAAGCCGUCCGGCACGUGGGCGUGGCCAUCGUCUCCAGCGCAGUCACCACGGUGAUCGCCACCGUCCCGCUCUUCUUCUGCAUCAUCGCCCCCUUUGCCAAAUUUGGGAAGAUCGUGGCCCUCAACACGGGUGUCUCCAUCCUGUACACCCUGACUGUGAGCACGGCCCUGCUGGGCGUCCUGGCGCCCAGCACCUUCACCCGCAGCAGGACUUCCUUCCUCAAGGCUCUGGUGGGGGUUCUCCUGGUGGGCGUCUUGGGGCUGGGCGUUUGCCUGGCCCUGCUGCAGAGUGGCGUGAAGAUCCCCCUCCCCAACGGGACAUCCCUGUAGUCCCCACACCGGGCUGCCUCCAUCUCUCUUUCUCCCUAUUUUUUUUUAAAGGAUAUUUUUUGUAAAAAUGAAAAAAAAAUCCCUUUUUCUGGAUGUUUUUUCAACUCCAGAGGCACCUUAUUUUCUACUGGGUUUUGCUCUAAACUUGUAUUUAUUUUGGCGGUCAUGGAUGGAUGGACUGACAGUGCACCAGGGCCACAGUAACUCACAGCCUCCUCCUUCUUCUUUUUCUUGUUUGUUAAUGAAUGGAGGGUUCGGAGACCUUGGCACCCCACCCCCUGUAUGACACCCCCCUGAUGUAUGCGCCACCACAGAUGAUCCACUUAGUCCUUCAAAAUAGGACUUAAGUGAGAGAUAGGCAUUGUGAGUUUCAUCCCCUGGGCUCGAUUCUUGACUCGGGUAAUCUACUUCUGCUGAUUUACACCUGCAGAGAGUCCGGCCCUCUGAGAUGAGGAGGUUUCGGGGGCAUUGGGGAAAGUCCAUUGAGGUUGUCCAAGGGUCAGUGAUUCCCAAGGAAGCUUCUGCUGCCACUGGUCCGCGCCCCAGCCUAUGGGGAUCCAGAAUUUGCACCAGCCGGGUUGGCUAUCGUGGGAGUUCUUGUUGGCUGAGCUCACGUGUCACUUUGGGGUUAUCUGUCUGUUUGGUUUGGCUGGAUGCAGCUGCUGGUGUGUCCUUUUCAGCUGGAGUCCCAGAGCCAAGAGCACAGCGGGGUUUAGGGGUCCCUUUUCCUGAGCGUGUGUUGUGUGCUGGGGAUGAAUUUGCUGGAUACUUUAUGGGCACGUUCCCCUGUCCUGGUGCUAAGGUGAAGCCCACAGGGUCACCUGCUUGUCGACCUGCCCCCACCCCUUCUCUUUGCCUCCCCACUUAGCGCAUGAUGGCCACUCUGACCCAUUCCCACCUCUGUGCCCCAGGUUCAUUUUGUCAAGUGAGCUGCUUCAUGGGGCACUGGCGUGGGGUCAUCAACAGGUAGAUUCUCUGCAGGUAGCAUCUUCUCCUCUUCACCGGGGGCACUGCAGAACUCACCCCCACUCUUCUAAACACCAGCUCUAACGGAUGGGCCGGUGAUCCUAUCUCCCUCCCGGGGCAUAGCAUUGUGCAGUUAGCUCAUGGGCAUAUUUACAGUCAGCAAUGCAGUGAUCAGGAAUGCAAUUACCUACUCUGUCUCUCUCCAGUCCCCACAGUCGGGCUAAGACAGUAACAACAGCCAGCACUGACGUUUCCUACCACUCAUCCCCUGCGCAGCUCGGCGUGGGUAACAUCUCCCACUGCCACCGCCACUGGGGAGAGGAUUGUGGACCUUCACCACACAGGCCUCUGCCACUGGUAGCAAUGAUGCACGUAGCCCCCGUCCCAUUGAUAAAGGGCAGGGCUCAUCCUAUGUGGCAGUUUUGGUGCAGCCCCCGGCAGCUGCCUGCUUGGAACAGAUGGUUUAUAUUAAAGUAGAAUGAAAUUGCAAAGUGGGACCAUUAACAAGUACAUUUUUAGGCAUCACUGAUUCCAUCAUAUUCUUAAAAUGGAAAUAACUAAGUGUGUGCAUUGAUAUGCAGCACAUCUGUUCCCCGGCAGAAGGGGAGCGGGUCAGGCCCAAUGGGAGUUGCAUUAAACGUUAUUUACCAGGAGACGCGGCAGCAGAAGUGGGGCUGGGUUCAUCAUUUGUUUGCAGAUACUGAAUCCCUGGUGGAUUCGUAUUUGAUCUCUGGAUUGAAUGGCCCCUUUUAAAAAAUGUAAGCGCACAGUGGGAUUAGAUCUCUCCAUCCCCCAUUCGUUGCCUGGGCCAGUGACCACGCUGCUGAGCUCGGGUUCGUGUCCCCAGCUCGGGUCCCUGGCAGAGUCCAUGAUAAAUUCAUUUCAUGCAUUUAUUGGUGCCUUUUGAAGUGCAGGAUUUUCCCUGGGAAACUGGAUUUAGGACCAGACCUUACCAGGGUGCUCAGCUUCCGUUGGCUUGAACAGGAGCGGGUAGAGGGCUCAGCACUCCUCUCCUUGCAGGACUGGGCCCUUCAUCCCUUUCACCCCCUGUAAAUUCAGCUACCCGAUUGUCUCCUUUGUGGCUCAGAAGGCACCUGCAUGCGCAGAAUUAGCCCAGCUCUGGACGCAGCCUGUCAGUGGUCCUGAGGCUGGGGGAAAUUAGGAGCAACUCUACUGCCGGCAGAGAAGUCACGCUGGUGUGAGAGCAGAAUCAGGCCCAGGGUUUUCAUUACCAUGUUGCAGCUGAGUUCCUGCCACAGCUGCUUUGGCAUUCGAUGAAUUCUGGGCCCAUUAGUCAUUCCCCAUUAGCUCAGACUUCAGCAGGGGCAGGUUUUGUAUCUCUGACCUGCGCUUCUCCAUGGGCCUGCAGAGCCCUAUGUCCCCUGAUUUCCAGCACUGCUUUCCAAGCACCAGCUUGCUCUGAUGUUCCAACGUCAAAAUCAAUUAACUACCCCCCGGAGUGGCAUUUGGUUGCACGGAGCACCAGUGGCAGCGUGGCUGGGGUACAGGGUGUGUGCAUGUGACACAGGGAGAGGGUGAGUGCAGAGGAGAUGGACCUGAACAGCAUCACCAAAGCGAUGGCGGGUCUGACAGCAGGACUUGAACUGAGCAAAUGCUUCAGCCUCCUGAGACUGAUUAAAGCCACGGUUUGUUUGUUUCCAGGUCAACAGGCAGACAAGAGGAAAAGGGGUCUGUGUGUGUGUGAGAGAGAGACAGAGAGAGAGAGAGAGAGAAACAGAGACAGCCCCUGGAGAAAGUCACUCCCGCUGAGUGUGAGGGAGGGAUUGGAGUGUCUGGGUUAGGACACAGAUCUGUGUCUAGCCCUGCAAACUGCUCAUUAGAGCGAAUGCGAGCCCAGGAGGUGGGUUUUUUUUGUUCCCCCCCCCAACCCCACAUAUACAAAGCCUUCUGAUGUAAGUCUUUCCCCCUCCGGAUGGAAAUGCGUGCUGGGAUUGCCAGCUCAGCCACUCCUGGGAGGUGAAACAAUGCAGCUGGAAACCUUUUAUAUCUCUUGGGUCCAAUCUGGUAAGGUGCUGGGUUCCCCUGGGGGGUUUGCCACAUGUCCUCAACUCCCACUGUAGUUUGGGAGUUGGAGAGCACUCAGGAUCUAGCAGGAUUAGGGGCUGUCCAUAAAUUAUGCAAUGCACUGGGGGGGGGGGGUAGGCGCUUAACCUUAUGGGUUUGUUUCAGUGUCACAAGGGGUGGGCAGGUCUUGAAAAUAACCAACAAAAUGUAUGUAAUUAAUUUAUGGACAGCCCCUUGGGGCUCUCACCCUGAGUGCUGGGGCCUGACUGCAGAGAGGUUCCCAUUGUUUCUCUCUCCCCAUCCCAGCUCUAGGAGGGGAGUGGGGUUUGGCUAGUGUCAGGCGCAGGAUAUGAUGUUCUGCUUGUGGCUUUGGAAGGUGUUAGACAGGAAGGGGGAAGUGAGAGCAAAUAGCAGAAUAAGUUAGAAAGUGGGGAGACUGAGGCCUCAUUGUGCCAGGUGUUGUAUAAAUGCACAGUGAGAGGCAAAACCUACCACAGAGAGAUCCAUCUAUGGGGCAAGACCCAGCGUGAGCUGGGGGGGUGGGGAAGUGAGGCACAAAGAGGUGAAAGCGACUUGUCCAAGGUCACCCAGCAGGCCAGUGGCAGAGCCAGGAAUAGAAUGCAGGUCUCCUGACUCCCAGGCCAGUCCUCUAUCCACUAGAGCACACAGCUCGUAUCCUCUAAUCCCGCCCCCAACCCCCUGAAACUUGGUGAUAUGAACAUUUAAUUCACAUAUCAACCUGAUUUUAGCAGCUCUUCCCUUAGGGGGCCAGCUGAAACAUCCCAGCCCCCUCUCGCUUUUAUCCAGCAACCCCGCUGACCAUCAAUGUACCUGAAAGGAGAGCACAGCGGGUUCAGUUCAGCCGGUGAGAGGAUGUGAGUUUCAAAGCUUGCUGUCUCCUAGCAGCACCCCGGCGUGUCUCCCCCCAGGGCUACCUGUAAAUAGCUGUCGGUGGCUCUCACCUGCUAAUGACCCUGCCUGCUGGCUGCCUUUAGGAUGCAUAGGUCACUGGGUUUAUGCCUCCUUUAGCAAAUACCACCCUAAAUGUAUAAUGGAAUGGGACCAAACCACCCUAAAGGUGCUUCAGACCCUCCACCUCUCCUCAAGAGUCUGAGGAGAGGGCCCCUCAUUGGCAAAUGUGUAUGCUUGGCCCCAGGGAGCCAGGGUUUGCUUUGGCCUUAUUUCCUGUAACAACAGCAUAGUCUUCAGAUUAGAAAAUGGCCCAUUUGCUUGAGCAAAUACAAAGGUGGGUCUGAUGCUGCCAUAGUGGGAACUGGAGCCCUGAAACAGCUGCUCAUAGCACUGGGAAUCAAGAACCGGCUGGCAUGGUGCCAGCCCUUCAGCAGAUGCUGUGUCUAAAUCAGCCCCUCCAAACCUUCACCUGUCUCCCUCCCCUAAUGGCUCCUCUGCAGCCUGCAUCUGAGAAGAGACUCCGUUGGGUUCCUGUCCCUGAAAUCUCCUGGCUGGGAAGGGAGUAUGGGUUCAUCUUUCUCUCUCCUAGAGAACUCACACUGCUAGACUAGUCAUGGACUGCCACCCGAGUGAGGAGUCCCAUUGAAAUCUAUUAGACCUGGGUGGGAAAUGGUUUUCCCAUCCUGCAAAACUUUGAGAUCUCCCACAUCCCAUAUGAGUGCCAAAGCCAGUGGGCUACAGGGUCAGUCUGUCUCGGGGGCCCCAGGAAUACUGAAUUAUUUACAAAGUGGAACAGCUCCAACAUGAGCGCUUGAGAAAGCUUGGGGACUUGAACCAGGGUCUCCCAGGAGAAUGCCCUGACCACCAGCUGAUUAGCUAUUCUGGAUGCAGGGAGGGUCUUGCUCACUCCAUCUCUCACCAGAAAUUCCCUCCUGGACCUGAGAAAUCUUUCCUGGUGAAACUGGCUUGUUCCUGCAAAAACUUUAGGUUUUGCCAAAUGGGCAUUUUUUCUGAUGCAAAGCCGUUUUGUCCAAAAAAUUCCUGCCCGGCUCUAAAAGCGAUAGGCAAGCUCUUGGCGUAGGUCACUGCACAAUGCAAGCAAGGCGGUGACAAACCCUGCGAGUGUCCAUGGAGUAGCAGGGCAAAGGAGGGGACCUGUAUUUAACAGCACUGUGGUGUCAAAAGGCUGGGAGGGCUAAGAUCAAGUGUAAUUCCUGUUGAUAUUGCCCGACCUACUCAGGCUACGGGUCGCAUGUGCUAGGCAGUGUACUAACACCCAGGAAGACCCGAAUCCCUGCUCGGAAGGGUUCCAACGGGACAGUCUGACUCAAGGGAUCACACACAACAUCUACACCCACACACAACGUUUGAACCCAAACCACUACUGAACAACCGCACUGCAUAGAAAAAUGAAAACUGGUGCAGGACACACACAACGUCGGUGCACAGGCAAAGCCUAGCUUUCUGGGGGGUAAGCUGAUGCUGCAGGCUUAUUAAUUCUGUCAUGGCUUUUAAACCACUUGAUUCCUGCACUACGCCCUCGAAAGCCUGAGACUGAAAUAUUUGUCAUGCAGCAUUUUCUGUGUUGCAUGGACUUGUGAGUUCUGGUCCAGUUGCUGGAGAGCUGAGGAUUAGCUGGUUCAGGGGAUCGGUGGUAGAACUGGUUGGAAGUUUGCUGGUGGAACGAUUUUCACUGGAAAAUGCCGAUUUGCCCAAGGAGAAAUGUUUCACAGAAAGGCGGUUGUGGGGUUUGUUUUUGACAAAAUGGUGUUUUUAAAAAAAAAAAAAAUCAGAAGGGAGCGUUCUGCCCCAGCGCACAUAAUCUGUUUCGACCGUUGCAGCCCAGACCGUUUGGAUUUUUCCGUUUCAAAACAAUUUUUAAAAAUUUUAUAUGAUGUAAUACAAAAGAACCUUAAAAAGUCAUAAUUGGAACAAAACAUUUAGAAAUGUGGCUAUUUGAUAUGAAAUGUGUCAAUCGACUCAAAAUGAAAUUUUUUUUCAGAAUUUUAUUUUGUGGCAAAAUUUCAAAAUUGGGUGUGUUCAUUACGUUGGGGCCUGGAAAACACUUCCAAAAGCAUGGAAAACCCGGUUCCUCCCCAGCUGUAAGCAGGAGCCUCCCACCACUUGGCUGUAAGGGGGGAUUGAAGGGUGUUGCUAUUUGUUGUUAUUUGUAUUACGGCGGCACGGCUGUCCUGUGUAUAGUACAAAUGUAACUGUUGUUUGUGCUACCAAGAGGCCCCGAGUCAGGUCAGGACCCCAUUGUGCUAGGCACUGUACGGACACACAGUAGAAGGCGGUCCCUGCCUCAAAGAGCUUACGGUCUAUGUUGAAUGGGGUUAGGGUUGGGGAAAUCGAGGGCAAGUGACUUACUCCAGGUCCUACACUAGGUGAGUGGCAAAGCUGGGAAUCGGACCCUGAGCUCACUCCUAGGCCUGCACUGCCUCCUUUGAGUUACACAGUGAUCUCUGCAAUGAGCUGAUAGUUUCAGCCCACAUCUAGGUGAGAAGUACCCAUAUUAAAGUUGGCCUCCUUUUGUGGCAGGUUCAGCCCGUCAGAGCUGCUUGGGGCAUGGAGCCUGAACUCCCUCUUCGAGAGGGGUCCCCUGGCCAGUCAGUAAGACCUGCCCCGUGAUGCUGGCCUUGUCCUGUGGGGGCAUUGGGCACAUCAGAUGCCAUGAAGCCAGCUUGAAAAUUAACUGCGGGGAAAAAGGAAUGCAAAAAACCCAGCAGCAUUUGCUGGGUGGGGGGAGAAGGGGACAGGCGAACAGCCAAGAGUGGGGAGGAUGAGACGGUCACUCUUGGGGGCCCUGACCUUGGCUCUACUGGAGCCAGAUUGGAAUAGUUAGUUUCCCGGUCUUCAAAGAGACUUUUCGGGCCCUUAAUUUUCUUGCUGGAGAAUCCUGCUCUCCUGGAAGGCUAUAAAAGGCCUGUUAUUUAUCACGGCAACUGACAUAAAUCCUCCCGCCCUCUCCUGCAGCUUAGCCUUGCCGAUUGAUUUACAGCCAAGCAUGGCAAACUCAAAGUCUCCUGGUUAUUCCUUUUAAAAUCACUCCUCCCAAGGGGUAGCGUUUACAGCUUGGCUCACACGUUUUAAUCAGCGUGGAGCAUGGAGCCUGAACGCCACAGACCUAGGGCCCUUGCUAAUGCAGUUGUGGGGGGAGCGGAUACCUCCGCUAACUCCCCGGGUUAGGUUCAGAGCUGCCUCUGCCUGGGGGCAAGUGUCCAUCAAGAUCUGGUCUCCUCUCUCCGUUGUGAGCAGACCGCCGUCCUGCAUAGGGUCCCGAUCUCCCCCUCCGUUGCACCUGGGCAGUAUGGCAAUUCCAUCCUGGUAGGAAGGCUGCUGGUAGGGCAAAGAGAUGGGAGCGGGAGGCCAUGCAAGCUGGGCCGGCGGAGCAGGGAGGGGGCAUGGAGGUGGGAGGGUGAGGGCCAGGCAGGGAGUUCAGACAUCUUGGAGGUGGGUGGGCAGAGACUGAGGGAAGGGAUGGCUCUGGGAAACAGAAGAGUGAGGAGCAAGCUAGUGGGAGGGGGUGGGCUGAGAGCAGAGGGUAGCAAGGGCAGAGGGCUGGGCCGUGGUGCGUUUCACCUUGUAUGCAGAAGCGAGAGCGCUGGCUCUCCGAGGGACGUAGCACAAUCCCUGAUGUCAUGUACCCACGUUACUUUUGUAGGUCCUCUCCUGCCCACACUACUUUCGGUGUUCCUUGACUUUUGGAGACUGUUGUAAAUAAAAGAUUUUGACAUUCA